GUGGCAUGUCCACAAUAUGGAUGAAGUCCGCAAAUGACAACUUAGAGACCCUACUCUGUAAACUGCUCCGCAUGGCGGCCGUACCACCGUUCCCGAUAUCACCCAAGUAAGAAAGUGGAAGCGGGCGGGCCGCGUCAUAAAUCCUUCACCGCCCGCCCAUGGAACAAAGACACCGCACCGCACAAAGCCAAGCCAUGUGAACGAUGCCUCGUGGGCACUGCCGUUUCCGAUCAUGAUCCGGACGGUUCCCUUGUUCUCUUCCUCCUCGAUGUCGCACCACCUCCUCCAUUUGGCAUGCUGAUGGCUUCCCUCCCCAUGAGCUCUAUAAAUGACAGGAGAGCACAGCGGUACUGGCGGAUCAGCAAUGACAUCAAUCAUGGACCACACUAAGCUCAUCUUCCUCCUCCUCGAAACUGUGGUGGCUGUCACCGGCGCUGGUGGUGGGCAAUGGGCGCUCCUCCAGCGCAGCAUCGGCGUCUCCGCCAUGCACAUGCAGCUCUUGCACAACGACCGCGUCGUCGUCUUCGACCGCACCGACUUCGGCCCCUCCAACCUCUCCCUUCCCGUCGGCAAAUGCCGCAACGACCCCGACGAGAAGGCUCUCCGGGUCGACUGCACCGCGCAUUCCGUCGAGUACGACGUGGCCGCCAACACCUUCCGCCCGCUCAUGCUCUUGACCGACGCCUGGUGCUCCUCCGGCACCGUCGCCCCGGACGGCACCCUCGUCCAGACCGGCGGCUUCAACGACGGCGAGCGCGCCUCUCGUACGUUCCGCCCCUGCGACGACUGCCGCUGCAACUGGGUCGAGGUCCCACAGGCUCUCGCCGUACGCCGGUGGUACGCCACCAACCAGAUCCUCCCUGACGGCCGGGCGAUCGUCGUCGGAGGCCGACGCCAAUUCAACUACGAGUUCUAUCCCAAAUCGCCGGAUGCUUCCGACCUGCGCACCAUUGCUUUACCCUUCCUCCGAGACACCAGAGACGCCGUAGAGAACAAUCUCUAUCCGUUCGUCCACCUCAACAUCGACGGCAACCUCUUCAUUUUCGCCAACAACCGUGCCAUCCUGCUCGACUACACGAAGAACACCGUGGUGAAGACUUACCCGAAAAUGCCCGGCGGCGAACCCAGGAACUACCCGAGCACCGGAUCGUCGGUUCUGCUGCCGCUGAAACCGUCGCCGAAGGAGGCCGAGGUGUUGAUAUGCGGCGGAGCACCGAUGGGUUCGUACGUGCAAGCAUUGCAGAGCAGGGGCUUCGUUCGGGCGCUGGACACUUGUGGGAGGAUUAAGAUCACGGAAGCCGCCGCGUCCUGGUCCAUGGAGACGAUGCCCGUGCCGAGGGUCAUGGGGGACAUGGUGCUGCUCCCCAGCGGCGAAGUACUUAUGAUCAACGGCGCGGCGGCAGGGACCGCCGGGUGGGAGCUCGCCCGGGACCCGGUGCUGACGCCCGUCGUCUACCGCCCCGAGAGGCCCGCCGGCGCCCGUUUCGACGUCCAGCGCCCCUCCGCGACGCCCCGCCUCUACCAUUCCACCGCGGUACUGCUGCGCGACGGCAGGGUGCUCGUCGGCGGGAGCAACCCCAACGUCAACUACAACUUCUCCGGCGUCGAGUUCCCGACCGAGCUCAGCUUGGAGGCCUUCUCUCCAGCCUACCUGAGCCCAGCGCACUCGGCACGACGGCCGCGUAUCGUCACCUCGCCAUCUCCGCUUCGGCUGAGCUACGGGAAACGAUUCAGCUUACAGUUCACGGCCGGGGCGGUGGGCGACGAAGGAGUCCGGGUGACGAUGGUUGCGCCGUCCUUCGCGACGCACUCGUUCUCGAUGAACCAGAGGCUGCUUGUUCUGGAGACGGAGGCGGCGGCGAAGGCGGCCGACAGCGGCACCUAUCAAGUGAUGGCGAUGGCGCCGGCGUCGGCCAUUUUGGCGCCUUCAGGGUAUUAUAUGGUGUUCGUGGUGAACGGUGGGGUGCCGAGCGAGAGCAAUUGGGCCCAUAUACAGUGAUGUAUAGGGCAUCUUGUGAAGGAGUGUUUUGGAGAGGAAACGACAUGGAAGGCAUCGACCGAGCAGCCCAAUGCUGUCAUCUUCUCGUGGUGUUUGUGUUGGUGGCUCUUUGCACAUCGGUUGGAAGACCGCUGCAGCAUUGGAGGCCGACAUUGUUGAUCGUCAUCCACCGUAAUUACGUAUUAUUAAUUA